AUGGGGUCCGAAAAGCAUGAGCGCCUGCCGUCGGAAACACCUGUUGGGGUCGCGAGGCCCUCGACUGGGCUUUCUGGGGCGCAUCUGGGGCUCACGCUCGGCACGCUGAAAACAGGGACACCGACGACAAGCACAUCUGCCAAAGGCGCAGCAGCGCAGGCUUCGGAGACUAGGGAAGGAUCCUCGGACCAAGAGCAAGCCGGAGCGCUGCCAGGUAACGGAGAAACAUUGAACGUGGACGCGGCAGCAGAGGGAGUAUAUGAACGGCCUACGGACCGCCUACAGGUUCGCACUGGCACGGAGUUGCCGGCAAAGAGCCCACCAAAGGGACAGAAGCAGCGGAGGCCAUAUUUUCUGCGGAAACAGCGCGAGUCGUGGUCUCCAGAGGAACACCAGCGUUUUCUGCAGGCACUCGCACAGUAUGGGCGCCUGUGGACGCAGGUCCAGCGCGUUGUCAAGACUAAGACAGCAGAGCAGAUUCGAUCACAUGCUCAAAAGUACUUUAUUCAGCUGGAAAAAAAGCGUAUGAAGGAGAAAUCGUCCACAAAUUCUUCAGACUCGAAACCGAGCGAGGCUCUUCGGGAGCCAGCUGCUAGUGGUGGCGCUCCAAGACACGCGGAGAACGCCGCUCUGCAGCCCGGAGCCGUUGGCACUAGAAUGCCGCAUGAAGCAUCACAGCAGCAGACAGUGUUUCAGUCGACAGAGAUGAGACAUUUGGGUAGAUUGCAACCUCUGCCUCUAGCCGUGCCGGAGAACACUUGCACAGAACACGAGCAUAAUGUGGCCAGGGUACCACGGGUGGAGAAUCGUUUGCCACAUGGAAUCGUGGGGAGCCCUUCUGCUUCUACGCAUCAUUACCGCUGGGGUCGCACUGUAAGCGGGACAAGUCAGGUCGUCGCCGCAUGCGGCUAUCACCCGAAGGACAUGACUGCACGCAUUCGAGAAGGAGCCGCUGUAGCGCCUCAUACGGAUAUACCAUUGAACUUGCCUGCAAUGCGUGCCGCAGACCGUCUGGAGGCGAAUCAGCACGCCGUCCACGAACGCUGUAUCGGUAAUUCGUUACUGGUAGGCACGUCGGCUGGUGGUUCCCACGUACGCCGCGAUGCGUAUGCCACGCUUGGGUUUUGCGAUCCGAGUAUCGCGCAAGCCCAGCGAGCACAGUUCACCUCAAUGCCAGUUUUGAGCAGCACUGCCCAGACACACCUAUCAGAUUCACAUUCAGGCGUCACCUGGUGUCAACGAGCGAGCACAGAUACGGACUACCGGACCGGAGCAUCGCUUCCGCGGCCAAUAGAACCAUGGGGCGGGACGCGGCCUUUGUCACCGUUGUCACUAUCGGUGACGCAGUCAUCAUCUGAUUGGUGCCCGUCCAGUUGCGCAUCCUCGGUGCCAUCGAUCGCGUCGCCGAUGCAGGACUCACCGGCGGUAUCGCACGAUCGGCUGAGGCAGGCGCUCGACUCUCUCGUCAAUGGAAGGAAAUCGAUUGAGCGCUUGGGAACCGGACCGAUCUUGAAGCAUUUUGAUCAGCAUCUCUUACAGUAUGGCGUCUUUCAAACAAUUCCGCAGACUACACCCAGUCCCUCGCUGCCUGUUUCCGCGACCGAGGCCGCCAUUCCCCAUUCACCGCCGUCUGCCAGGAACCCUGUGACUGCAGGCGCCAAGGUACAGUUACCCUCCGUUUCUUCAUUGAUUUCUAAUCGAUUUGCCGUGUCGCAUAGCACAUCGCAGAAAGAGAGCAUGCCCUAUUCGUGA